AUGCCGGCCAGCACAAAGAAGAGCAAGGGCAAGAAUGUCAUCCAUAAUAACAAUGACAGUAACAUUAACAACUCCCUGAACCAUAAAGGCCACGCUGGGAAAGAUAAAAAGCAGGCUGAGAAUGACGAGUUUGAAAAGGUCCUGGCGGACCUCAGCAAGGCCACGGAGGCCGCAGGCAUGCAGCGGGCCAAGAUGACGGAGCGUGAUGAGAAGCGGCGAAAGGAGCGUGAGGAGCGGCACAAGAAUAUCGCUGCGAAGAAGACGGAGACGGAGAUGGAGUUUGAUAUGAUGCUGCGCCGCAAACAGCAGAAGCAGCAAUUCCAGGACCUCCUCCAGCAGCUGCUAGCCGCCCAACGUGUCCUCCUGGAUGCGCCGAACACAGAUUUCCACGGCGAAACGGUGACGGAGAACCCUCACUUUGACGUGGCGGUAGGAGAAAUGCAGGGCUGGCGCGCCCACAUGGAGGAUGAGCACCUGGUGGACGUGGCAUUCCCCACGGAUGCGCCCAAUAGCAAGGAGGGGCUCUUCUGCGUCUUUGACGGCCACUCGGGGAGGGAGUGCGCCAAGAGGUGUCGGGAGCUGAUCCCCAAGGCGGCGCGGAAGUACUUCACGCGGGCACCGGAAGAAAACGCGAGCACCACGGUGGACUUUGAGAAGGUCUACCUGGAGGUGGACAGCACGCUAGAGAAGGAGUUGACGGACGGCUCAGGCUGCACGGCAGUCACCGUGCACGUCACGCCGGACGCCAUUACAUGCGCCUCCGUCGGUGACUCUCGGGCGGUGCUUUGCCGCAACGGCGCCGCCUUUGACCUUUCCAACGACCACAAGCCAGAGAAUGCGCUGGAGCGCGCGAGAAUUGAGGCCGCAGGAGGCUCUGUCUCGGAGAACCGCGUGAAUGGUCAGCUUGCGAUGAGCCGGGCGAUGGGCGACUUCACGUACAAGUCGCAGAAGAACCGUGAUCCGAUGGAGCAGCACGUCAUCGCCGUGCCGGACGUCGUCAGCACCCCGCGGCAGGCCGGUGACGCCUGGGUGGUGUUGGCCUGCGACGGCAUUUUCGACGUCCUCGACAAUGACGAGCUGCUGGAGUGCGUGCUGGUCAAGAAGCACCAGGGCAAGAGCAACGUGGAGAUAUGCGAGGAGAUUUGUCGUGAGUGUUUGGCGCCACCGGUGGAGGGCGGCGGGCGCAGCGCGCGCGCCGAGGGCACAGACAACAUGACCAUCAUGAUUGUGGAUCUUAAGUGA